AUGGAUGGGGAAGAAGUUUGGGAUGGAGAAGAAUCUACUAAAAUGGGUAAAGAAGAAAGUAUGGAUGGGGAAGAAGUUUGGGAUGGAGAAGAAGUUAAGGAGGGAGAAAUGAUCAUGGAUGGAGAAGAAGUUAAGGAAGGAGAAGAAAUUAGGGAUGAUGAGGAAGAAAGUAAGGAUGGAGAAGAAGAAGUUAUGGAUGGAGAAGAUGUUAAGGAAGGAGAAGAAACUAAGGAAGGAGAAGAAGUUAGGGAAAGAGAAGAAGUUUGGGAUGGAGAAGAAGUUUGGGAUGGAGGAGAAGUUUGCAAUGGAGGAGAAGAAUCGAAGUAUGGAGAAGAAAUUAUGGAAGAAGAAGUUUCGGAAGGAGAAGAAGUUAAGGAAGAAGAAGUUUUGGAUGGAGAUGAAGUUAAGGAUAAAGAAGAAAGUAUGGAUGGGGAAGAAGUUUGGGAUGGAGAAGAAUCUACUAAGUAUGGAGAAGAAAUGAAGGAAGAAGAAGUUAAGGAAGGAGAAGAACUUUUGGAUGGAUAG